AUGAUAUUAUUGUUGUUUCUGUUAUAGAUUCAAGACGUCUUUAUGGGAUUUACUAGUUGUGAAGUAAAGAAAUAUAUAUAUAGUAUAGGUGAACCCUGAUCAUCCUGAAAUUAUUUAUCCAUCAAAUUCUAAUUCCUUUUUAUAACCAAUUGAUAAAUAUUUUCAUGGGUAGGGUUUAAAUUACUCUAUUAAUGGCACAUAUCAAUUUGGUGUUUCAUAAACUACAAAGAUGAGUAAAUAAACUUUAAAGUCAGCAUAGUUUGAUGGUAUAUAUUUUCAUUGAAUAAUUAUAGAGAACACCAUCUUUAUAGAUGACGCAGCGUAUUUCAACUGGUCUAAUCCUAAUUAUUAGUAAGAUCAAUUUGUGGCUCUAGUAUCAACAAAUAAUGAAUAUUUUGUUUACGAAGUAUAAUCAAAUACAAAAACACCUACUUGGUCUAAAUUAACUCCUUCAUUUUCAAGUAUUCAUUAAUUCAUUUUAGGCACUUAAACUGCAAUUUGCACAAAUGUUGCCUAUGUUUUUGAUAAUGAUAUAAUUGUAUCAUGUGUUACAAGAAAAGAAGGAUUUUAAAUAUUUUUCUUUUUUUAAAGAGUAGUAAUCACAAUAUUCAAAAUUGCUGUAACCAAAUAUUUACCAGUUCUUAUUCAGUCUCCCUAUGAAUAUGUAUUAGCUAAUUAAUUAGAAUUUUCAUAUUUACAAAUACUGAAUAACUAAGAAAGUAUCUAUUUAAAUUUCAUACAUAUUUAGAGGAAUUCUAUGCUGCUGUUGUUCAUGCAAAUUACUUUAACCCUGAAACUAUUGUUCAUAUAUACAAAGUUGAAUUUUAGAGAUCACUCCAUGAACCAAUAAAAAUGACUGUGUAUUUUUCAGGUCAUCAUAACAAAGCUGCCUAUGGAGCCUAUUUGGCUGAUCCUGAUAAAAGUAAUAAUUUAAUUUAGUAAUAUUAGUUUACUUAUUGUUUUUUGAUUCUUUGGUAAUUCAUGAUUUUUCUAAGAAAAUUCAUAGGAAUGUUAUGAUGGUAUUAGACUAAGCUUAAGGAAUGGGAGUAUAUAGAGAAUCAUAUACAAAUGGAGAAUAUAAUUUAUUCAUGACAAUAGUAACCAAAAAGGGACUUGAUUUCUAUUCAACUUCUAAUUUGUAAUCAAACUAAAAGCCUAGUUUACCUAAAGGUUUUGAUACUAAUAAAAGAUUAUCAGUAAAAGUUAGUUUAUUAUAUUCAAUUAUCAGUAAUGAUAAUGGUUUUGUGAUUUAUGAGAAUAGAUAUGUUUUAAAAGAAGAAAAGAUUUAAUAUGGAUUUUUAUAUUACUCAUAAACUCCAGCAUUAUUAUCAAUUUUUAAUGGUUUUUAAUCACAAUUUUUUGUAUUUUAACCAUUAAUAACAUAUACAUAUUAAAUAUAGAUGGCCUAUUUGUAUUCCUUAAAGACUUUUUCUGCAAAUUAUAAUGUACCAACUUAGAUCUCAAUAAAUGCAUAAAGUUAUGAUGGAACUUAAUGUGUUUGCACUUUUAUGUAUGAAUUAUUAAAUGUUAAUGAUACUUAUAAUUUUGUAGCUUUAACAAAAACAGAAUAAAAAGCUGAACCAAUUUUAUUAUUUAAUUCUUAAUCUAAAUUAUUGCCUAUAAGUGAUUAAUUUUUUGGUAGUAAUUUAUAAUAUAAGAUUUCAAUAACUUAAAAAUAAUAAGAAAAUGAUACAAUUGAAACUUUAUAACCAAAUGCUACAUUACUUUAUAUAAAUUAAGUUGAUAUUGUAGGAAAUAAUCAUGUGAUUGCAUUUACUUAUACAUUUUAAGUUGAUGAUGAUACAUUUUUAGUUUUCACUUAAUUAACUACUUCAUUUAAAAAAAUACAAAUUGAAAAAUGUAAGUUCUUAGCAUGUCAAAUAUCCUAUGUUAUUGAAGAUGAUUUCUCUGCUGCUGUUGUUGGUAUUAGUGCAUAUAAAACAGAUUUAUUAAUUCAUAUUGCAAUAGCAUUAUAAAAUUAGAUCUUUUCUUAUUCAUAUGAUUAUAAUAGGAUGGAAUAGAUUUUAUAAGUUAAUAGAAUGAUAACUAAAAUUGCUAAAGAUAUACCACCUACCAUAAAUAUUUAAAGUGUUAAUUAUGUUUAGGAAGCAUUGAUAAUAUUAACAAAUACUCCUAAUUCUAUAAUUUGUGUUGAUAAACUAUUAAUUCAUUAAUAUACAAUUUCUGGAAAUUUAUUUAGUCCUAGAUAAGUAUUUAUGAAUCCUUAUAUAUUCAAUGAUACUUAUUUUGUUGAUAAUUAAUUUGAAUUGUUGAUGAUUUAGAAUAGUAAAAACAAUUUUGAUAUUAAGGAAGAAACUUAAAAGAGAUAUCAAUAUAAUAUAUUUGUAAAAUUUAAUUAUCCAAAUAAUUAUUAAUAAUAAUAAAUCAAUCUUGGUUUAGUAAGAGAAGGAAUUUAUUUAAUUUAAAUUUCCUAAACUGGAAAUAUUACUACAUAAAACAUUUACUUUUAUCCUUAUUAAUUUUUGUAUUAUGGUCCUGUAUAUAAGUAAUCUGCAUAAUAUUAAAUAGUAUCAUUAUCUUAAUUUUAAGUCUCUAUUUAAUAUCCAUUUGUAACUGGAAUAUCUAAUAAUGAUAAAUAUUAUGUAACUGUAAAGACAAAUACAGGAAAUUAAUAUUAAUUAUUUGUAUUAAAUCCAUCAAUAACUGAAUAUUCAUAAAUUUAUUAAAUUAUCAAUUUAGAAUAAUUACCAACUAAUUUAAAUAUCAUAUCUAUAAAUAGAGGACACAAUUAAUUACAUGAUAAAGAAUUGGAAUUCAAUUAUGAUUUGUUAUUUUUGACAUCUAGUACUUCUAACACAAUUUAACAAAUUUAAUUAUUUAAAGAGGCCAAUAUAUUAUAUACACCAAAUAUAUAAUAAAAUAGAGUUGAUUAAUUUGAACUUUAAGUUAUUGCUUAUAAUAAUUUCAAUCAAACUUUACCUUAAGCAACCAAAAUUACAAGAUAAAUCAAAUCAACUAAAUAAGAAAUAGGAAUUAUAGAAAGGGAAAAUUAAGCAUUUUCUCCUAUUUCUACUUAUGGUGCAAUUUUCUAUUUAAAUAUUAAUCCUGCUGAUUACUUUUUUGGUUAUAUAUCUAAUUAUACAGCUAUCAAUAAAAUAGGAAUAAGAAAAGACUUAAAUGAAGGUUUUAUUGAUUGUUAUUAAAGAGAUAAAAAACAUUAAGUGAUUAAUAAUAGUGUUGUUUAACCUAUAACAAGACAAUAAGCUAAUUUCUCUUUAGUUUAUACUUCUGUAACAUCAGGUAUAAUAUCAGGUUAAGAUACAGUUCAAACCUUCAUUUAAUCAGGAAGAGCUAUGUAUAUCUUAUAUGAUAUGGAAGCACUAUUUUUAUAUACUGUUCCUGCUUAUAUUGAUGCUACUUGCAUAUUCUCAUUCAUUACCUCUGAUACUGGAUAUUUAAUUACAGUAUGUUCUAACUAAGAUGACACAUAUUUCUAUUAUUAUAAUGGUACUGAUUCAGAUAACAGAACAGUCUUAGGUUUUUCAGCAUACACACUUCUAAAAUAAGAACAAGGAUACCCUAAUUUAAUAUCUGCUUAAUUCCAAUAUAAUACAUUGGCAUUACAAUAUAGUAAAUUUAUUUUGACUGUUAAUGUGAGUGCAUCAAAUGCAACUUUAUAAUUACUAAAUCUUACUUAAUACAAUUUUGUUUAUCCAUUAAAAAGUUACUCAUUAUUUAUAGUUGAUACUGAAGAUUUGGAAAUGUAAAAUUCUAAAAGAAAUAAAACUAUCUUCAAUAAAGAGACUAUCUUGAAAUUCUUAGCUAAAAUGGAUGCAGGAGUAAUUGUUUUAUAUGAAAAUUCAGUAUUAUAAUUUUAAUACAAAACAAUUGCUAAAUUUGGAGCUUAUUAAUCUUCAUUGCCAAGUAUUUAAAUAUUAUAUAUUAUUUAGAUGGAUUAUAAAUUUUAGGUGUUACUUCAAUUUCUAUUGGUUGGAUAACUAAUACUUAUUUAUCUACACCAUUUUUGAUAUCUACUACUACAUCUUCUUAUUUAUUUUAAGUAACAUUACCAAUCAUUGAAAGAAGUGGUUCAGCUACAGUAGAUUUUAUUUAUAAACUCAUUUCCUUUGCUAAAUAUAAAACUUUAGGAGUUUAUUCUGGUGGUGAUGCCAUAGUUGGAUUCUUUUAUACUGAAUCUAAUGAAUUAGGAGAUCCUGAAUAUGUCUUUGGUCUCUAUGGUAUACCUACUUUAAAAGAUUUCACUUAAGAUUUAACUCUCAAAGUUGCUUUUAACCCUAAUAAAGUUUAUUAACAUGUUGGUUCCCCAGUUGGUUUUAUAGGAAUAUAAAAUCUAACCAAAUAUAAUAUAAGUAAUCCAAUUAUUACUAAUAAUCAAACUAUAUUAUAUUAAGUAAAUGAAACAGAAUUUUAAUAUCUAUAUGUCACUAAUUAAAUUAAAAUAACUGUCAAUUAGGUAGAAUGUAUAAAUAAUUCAACUAUAAAUGAUGCAAUCAAUAUUACUCAAAUAGAAUUAGUAGCUAUUAAUAAUUUUACAUCUGAUUUUUCCAGAAAUUCCUUUUUCAUUAAUAAUUAUUAUCCAGAUUAUACAUUCUGGGUAACAGAAAAUAGAAGAAGAAACUUUUGGUGGUAAUUUGGAGUUGGAGCUAUUUUCUUCUUUAUUAUAAUUGGAGUUCUAAUAGUAUUAUGUAUUAAUUCAAAUAAAAUUAUUGUAUACCAAGAAAGAAUAUUGCAAAAUGAAUUAGAAUAAUGA